CUCGGUGGUCCCCGGACCCCAUCUUGGGAACCCUCGGGGACUGAGCCAUCCCACUCCGCAGGCUCCAUGCUACUAUUGUCUUACCAGGGAGCGGGCUAUUUGCGAAAUAAAGGCAGCCUCCUGUCUCUGUGUUGGCCGCUAUGAGGGGCGAUACCCGGUGAGUCGCUGCCGGGUUUUACUGUGAGGCUGAGCGGCUAGCAUCAGCGACACUCCUCCGCUGCUUUCCCCGGCGCACAGUCUCUGCGUCUCGGCGGUCGGAUGCUGGAAGUCCUCGCCGAUCAGGGAGCGCGUCGGGCCCGGAGUGAGAGGAGAGAGGGGACGCGGAAGAGAAAGGGGUGGGAGGGAGCACAGGAUACAGGGACAUUUAAAAAAAAAAAAAAAAAAAUCCAAAUCAGGACACAUGUUGAGCUAACGGGCCGCUCCACCUCCCUCUUCUCCUCCCAAAUGCAUUUCUUGCCUCAGUCGCUUUCCCGUUGCUAAUUACUCCGGAUUUUAAAAAGAGAGUAAAAGGGAAGCCAGCGGGUCUCCUCUUCGGCUUUAAAGAUCCUGGCUCGCCGCUUGGACGGACUACCAUGGAUCUGAGCAAAAUGGCUGUCAGCAUCAACAAGGCUAUCAACACACAGGAGGUCGCCGUCAAAGAGAAGCAUGCCAGGACGUGCAUCUUGGGGACCCACCACGAGAAGGGCGCCCACACUUUCUGGGCGGCCGUCAACCGGCUGCCUCUCUCCAGCAACGCCGUGCUCUGCUGGAAGUUCUGCCACGUCUUCCACAAGCUGCUGCGGGACGGACACCCCAACGUGAUAAAGGACUCCAUGAGGAACAAGGCAGAUCUGGCGGAUAUGAGCAGGAUGUGGGGUCAUCUGAGUGAAGGUUAUGGGAAGCUGUGCAGCAUCUACCUCAAACUGCUCAUCACCAAAAUGGAGUUUCACAUUAAAAACCCUCGUUUCCCCGGCAACCUGCAGAUGUCGAACAGGCAGCUUGACGAGGCGGGAGAGAACGACGUCAACAACUUCUUCCAGCUCACAGUGGAGAUGUUCGACUACCUGGAGUGUGAGCUCAACCUCUUCCUUGGAGUGUUCAACUCCCUGGACAUGUCUCGGUCCGUGUCGGUGACGGCGGCCGGUCAGUGCCGCUUGGCUCCCCUCAUCCAGGUCAUCCUGGACUGCAGCCAUCUGUACGACUACACCGUCAAGCUGCUGUUCAAGCUGCACUCCUGUCUUCCAGCCGACACUCUCCAGGGCCACAGAGAUCGCUUCCAGGAGCAGUUUAAGAAGCUGAAGAGUCUCUUCUAUCGCUCCAGUAAUCUGCAGUACUUCAAGAGGCUGAUUCAGAUCCCACAGUUGCCUGAGAACCCGCCAAACUUCCUGCGUGCAUCCGCGCUGUCGGAGCACAUCAGCCCCGUGGUCGUGAUCCCCGCCGAGUCGUCUUCUCCCGAGUCGGAACACGUGGUGGAAACGGAGGACCUUGUGGACACGGACGUCCCGUCCCUGCCGGCUCCCUCCGAGGUCAAGUUUGAUGACCUGUUUGGCACGUCUGCUGCCAUCGAUCCGUUCAACUUCAACAGCCAGAACGGCAUGCGCAAAGACAAAGACCGUCUGAUCGAGCAGCUGACCAGGGAGAUCCAGGCCCUCAAGGAGGAGCUGGAGUCUUUCCGACUGGAGAGCGGCCGGCUGUGUCAGGCUCUGAGGGGCCGCGUCAACGAGCUGGAGGCGGAGCUCGCCGAGCAGAGCCACCUGAGGCUGCAGGCCGCCGGCGAGAGCGAGUUCCUGAAGGCGGAGCUGGACGACCUGCGGCGGGCCCGGGAGGACACGGAGAAGGAGCAGCGGAGCCUGACGGAAAUCGAGAGAAAAGCUCAGGCCAACGAGCAGCGCUACACCAAGCUGAAGGAGAAAUACACAGAACUGGUUCAGAGUCAUGCAGAACUGCUGAGGAAGAACGCAGAGGUCACCCGCCAGAUGACGGUGGCCCGGGCGGCCCAGGACGAGGUGGAGGCGGUCCGGAGGGAGAUGCAGGAGAAGGUGAAGAGCGCGCAUGAGGCUGCCGACAGACAGGAGAGGGAACAGGUGAAGCAACUUCAGGAGCUGCAGAGAGAACUGGUUUCCACCCAGACAGAACUGGACUACCUGAAGACCACCAUGGCCUCGUCCCAGCAGAGCUCGAGCGAAGUGCUCGGCACGCAGCUGGUUGCCCUGGAGUCCGAGAAAGCGGAGCUGGUGCAGACUCUGUCAAAGGUGGAGGCGGAGCUCGCGGUCCAGGGGGAGGAGCUCCAGCGAGUUCAGAGCUCUCUGGCGACCGAGCGGGAAAGCGGAGUGAAGACGGCCGAGGCCCUGCAGAAUCAGCUCAACGAGAAGGAGAGCAGGGAGCAGGCGCUGGAGAGUCAGCUGGUGGCGGCACGCUGGUCCAGCCUGCAGGGAGCCGUGGAGGAGGCGGAGCGGAUCAUCCAGGACUCUUUAGCUCAGAUAGACGACCCGGCACACAUCAGCUGCACCAGCUCUGCAGACUACCUUGUGUCUAGAUGCCAAGCCUCUUUGGACUCCGUGGAGCGGCUGCAGAGCGCCAGAGAGGCCUUCUUGGCCGACAACACAGCCGUGUUGGAGCUGGUGCGAGUGGUGACCCAGUGUGGCCACCUGGUGGGCGACACCAUCGUUCAGGGCAGCGCCACCUCCCACAUGGUUCCUGUGGAGCAAGCAGACGCGCUGUCGGAGAGCGUGAAGACGUGCGGGUCAGAAGCUCUGGCUCUGCUGGGCCAGAUGAAGCAGCGGGACGCCCUUGCGUCAGCCGACGGCAGCAAGCUGAGGGCGUCUCUGGAGGCCAUCCUGACCACGGCGGAGAAGCUGCGCCCGCGGGGUCUGGAGCUGCAGCAGGGGGAGCUGGGAGAUCUGGUGGAGCAGGAAAUGGCUGCCACUUCGGCCGCCGUGGAGUCCGCAGCCGCCAGGAUAGAGGAAAUGCUGAACAAGUCCCGAGCGGUCGAUACAGGAAUCAAGAUGGAGGUCAACGAGAGGAUCCUGGCUUCCUGCACAGAGCUGAUGCAGGCGAUCAAGGAGCUUAUUUUGUCUUCGAAAGAUCUGCAAAGGGACAUUGUGGAGAGUGGCAGGGGGGCGGCCUCCAUGAAGGAAUUUUACGCGAAGAACUCCCGCUGGACGGAGGGCCUGAUCUCUGCCUCCAAAGCGGUUGGAUGGGGCGCCACGGUCAUGGUUGACGCUGCCGACAUGGUGGUGCAGGGAAAAGGGAAGUUUGAGGAGCUGAUGGUGUGCUCCCAUGAAAUCGCUGCUAGCACGGCACAGCUAGUGGCUGCUUCAAAGGUGAAGGCAGAUAAAGACAGCGCUAACCUGCACCGACUGCAGCAGGCGUCCCGCGGCGUCACCCAGGCAACCGCCACUGUUGUGGCCUCCACCAAGUCUGGGAAAUCCCAGAUUGAAGAUACAGAAACGAUGGACUUCUCCAGCAUGACUCUGACCCAGAUCAAGCGACAAGAGAUGGACGCACAGGUUCUGGUUCUGGAGCUGGAGACCCGUCUGCAGAAGGAACGGGAGCGUCUGGGCGAGCUGAGGAAGAAGCAUUACGAGCUGGCAGGUGUAGCAGAGGGCUGGGGCGAGGAAGAGGAAGGCACGGGAUGAAACCCCCCUCUUCUUCUUCUUCCUCCGCCUCCACCCGAAGACCUUCUCCUCUCCCCCUCUUAUUUAUAGACACGCUUCUCUGUUUUAUUUUCUGCCUUCCCUCACAUUUAUCUGCUUGUUAUAUCCAAGCCAAAUGAAAAGGUGCUGCUUCUUCUUCUUCUUUUUCCAAUCCCUCUCGCUUCUUCGUACACCCCAGCCAGAUUCACGGAGGUGCUCCGGCAGCAGGCGGGGGUCAGGAUGGAGGAGCGCCGCCUCACUUCUCCGCUGCAACACUCCGUUUGUCUCCAGUCCCCCGUUUUAAAUGACUGCGCAGCAUCGAGGAGUCGCACAGGACACGAGCACAAGGGGCCCAAACUCUCGGAGAGCAGGGGUGGAUCACAGUGUCUCCAUGUAGCUUGGCUGCUGUGCUUGCUCUUCUGUCCACCGAUGCGCGUGUGCUACGUCACGAGCUGAAUCAGCUGAAGGAGCUUCCUCCACGCGGUUGCUCCCCAGUUUUCUUCCUCUUCUGUUCUCACUGUGACUUAAAGUCCGUUCGGCUUCCGGGCUUCCUGCCUUCCACGUCCUCGCCAUUAUAACGACCAGGACUGUUAAGCUGAACGACUCUCAUCCCUCCACUUUAUUUUUACUGUACCGGAUAAAAUAUAAUCGGCAUAAUGCCGACUAUAUACGGACAAUCCACACCCUCAUAAUGAGGGUGUGGAUUGUCCGUCGUCGGAGGUGGAGGUUGCUGCACAAAACACUAACAAGACGUUUUCUUUUUUUUUUUGCAAUGUAUUUAUAAAUCGGAAUGAUACAAAGUUUGAUAUUUCAUUGACAUUUAAUUGCAUCGGUUCAGAUCUGGGAUCCAAUCACGUGAAGAGACGAAGCGCGUCUUCAGGAACUUUCUGAUCAUUUAGAGGAAUCUGCACAAGAAGCAUUUGUUUUCAAACAUUUCAUCACCUCCACAGUA